AUGGCAGCGAUACCUGCGAAGAAAAGAGGAAGACCAAGGAAGCCUGUGGUAGCUGAGGUUUCCUUUGAUAGUUCAUGCGGAUCUGCAUCUGAAGAUUCAGGAAAUAAAAGGCCUAAGAGAAAGGCUUCGAAGAGGGCGGCUACAAAUCUGGCGCAACUGGUAAGUGUUGAUCGGGAUGAUAUGAUAAAUACUCCGCAAGUCAUCAAUGUUGAUGACGGUGACGAUGAUGAUUUCAUAAUGAAUGAGGAUGAGGAUAGUGACGAAGAGGAAGAUGUUAAUAUGAGAGGCGAGGAUGGAUUAGAGGCAUCUGUAAAUGAAGUGUCGGAUCUAAAUAGUAAUGGAAGUGGUAACUUUGAUCGACCAUAUGGCAAGAGGAAGACUACACACAAAGAAAACGCAAAGAAAAAUCCAGUCAAAAAUGUCCCGAUGAAGGGCAACUCCCGGGGGUCAAGCCUAGAACAAAAGGGUCGUCCCAUUAGACUCUUAAAGGAUCUUUCCAGUGCAAGGGAUAAGAUUGAAAGAAUUUACGGACUCAAUACAGCAAAGUUAUUACAGUUAGCAAAAGUGAAAGAGGGUUUCGAGGCUAGCGUUUUCAAUUUCUCAUUGGAAAGUAUUCAGCCGGAGUCCCCGUAUUUUGUAUGUCCACAACCACCAUGUAAAAUGGAAAGUGUAUACGAUAAAAUAAUCGUGAAUGGAAACAAAACUACAUAUCAUGAAAUUAAUAAGAUAGAGUUUGAGAAUAUGGUUGAAUUAAGGAAAAAAAGGUUGAAACUACUCAUUGGGGAAGUCGAUGCAGACAUGUCUACUGAUGAUAAAAUAGAGUUCCCAAUACUUCCCAACGGCAGAAGAAAUGGGUUUAUCUACAAUGUGGGAGGAUUGGUAACGGACAUCGCCUGGCUUAACAUAGAGAAUUGCACCAAUCAAGAUAAAAACAUUCAAUAUCUUGCCGUUGCGAUAUCACAAUACAUGGAUGAGCCUUUGAAUGAACAUUUGGAAAUGUUUGAUAGAGAGAAACACUCCUCCUGCAUACAAAUUUUUAAAAUGAAUACGUCUACUCUGCAGUUCAUAAAGGUUCAAACUAUUGUGCACACAUUUGGAGAGGUGUGGGACCUCAAAUGGCACGAAGGAUGCCGGGCACCUCAUUUGAUCGGCUGUUUAUCAUUUGUCAGCCAGGAAGGAACAAUAAAUUUCUUAGAGAUAAUUAAGAGCUCCAACGAUCUUCACGUGUUUAAGAUAUGUGAGAAGCCAUCCCUGGUCUUGUCAUUGGCAGACAGUUUGAUAACUACUUUUGAUUUCCUUUCUCCUACAACCGUGGUUUGUGGUUUGAAAAAUGGAUUUGUGGCAGAAUUUGAUUUAACUGACCCAGAGUUGCCUUCGCUAUAUGAACAAGUCCAUGAUUCAUAUAUAUUAUCCAUUUCAACAGCUUAUUCCGAUUUUGAGGAUACGGUCGUCAGCACAGUUUCGGUGGACGGUUUUUUUUACAUUUUCAAUCCGAAAGACAUAGCUACGACAAAAACGACCGUGUCUAGAUUUAGGGGAAGUAAUUUGGUUCCAGUAGUUUAUUGUCCUCAAAUUUACUCAUAUAUUUAUUCUGAUGGCGCCAGUUCAUUAAGGGCUGUGCCGCCAAGAGCUGCCUUUGCAGUCCAUCCCUUAGUAUCACGGGAGACGACUAUAACGUCCAUUGGAGUUUCAAGACUACAUCCAAUGAUUCUUGCUGGAUCCGCUGAUGGGAAUCUGAUUAUAACGAACGCAGCUAGACGUCUUUUACAUGGUAUUAAGAACUGUUCCACCACUCAAAAGUCAUUAAGACUUUGGAAAUGGGAUUAUAGUAUAAAGGAUGACAAGUAUAGGAUGGAUAGUACUUACGAAGUCUAUCCAUUGACAGUUAACGAUGUGAGUAAAGCUAAAAUAGACGCACAUGGAAUUAAUAUAACAUGCGCCAAAUGGAAUGAAACAAGCACGGGAGGUAAAUGUUACGCAUUUUCUAACAGUGCCGGCCUGUUGACGUUUGAAUAUUUGGGGUAG